UGAAGGCGAUGGUCGCUCAAGGCGCCUAGUGCGCCUGCGCACAAGUGAGUGGGUGGCGGCCUACUACCUCGGCUUUGCUGUACGCUGGACUGGGGCGGCAAUGGCGCAGCACGGGAAACUACUCAAGGAACAGAAGUACGACCGGCAGCUGAGGUUGUGGGGUGAUCAUGGGCAAGAAGCUUUGGAAUCUGCUCAUGUUUGCCUAAUAAAUGCAACGGCUACAGGAACUGAAAUUCUUAAAAACUUGGUAUUGCCAGGUAUUGGAUCAUUUACAAUUAUUGAUGGAAAGCAGGUCAGCGGAGAAGAUGCUGGAAACAACUUUUUCCUUCAAAAAAGCAGUAUUGGCAAGAACCGAGCUCAAGCUGCCAUGGAAUUCUUACAAGAACUAAAUAGCGAUGUCUCUGGAAGUUUUGUGGAAGAGAGUCCAGAAAACCUUCUAGACAAUGAUCCUUCAUUUUUCUGUAGGUUUACUGUUGUGGUUGCAACUCAGCUUCUUGAAAGUACAUUACUUCGUUUAGCAGAUGUCCUCUGGAAUUCCCAGAUCCCUCUUUUGAUCUGUAGGACAUAUGGACUAGUUGGUUAUAUGAGGAUUAUUAUAAAAGAACACCCAGGAUCAUAGCCAUACUCCAUGGAUUGUGAUCAUAGCUAAAUAUUUAGCACAGUGGUAUAGUGAAACAAAUGGGCGAAUUCCUAAAAGCUAUAAAGAAAAAGAAGACUUCAGAGAUUUGAUUAGACAAGGGAUUUUAAAGAAUGAGAAUGGAGCUCCAGAAGAUGAAGAGAAUUUUGAAGAAGCUAUUAAAAAUGUGAACACAGCACUAAAUGUAACUCAGGUCCCAAGCAGUAUUGAAGAUAUAUUUAAUGAUGAUCGCUGCAUAAAUAUCACCAAACAGACCCCACCUUUUUGGAUAUUAGCCCGUGCCUUAAAGGAAUUUGUGGCCAAAGAAGGCCAAGGAAAUUUACCUGUUCGAGGCACAAUUCCUGAUAUGAUUGCAGAUUCAAGCAAAUACAUAAAACUGCAGAAUGUUUAUCGUGAGAAAGCAAAGAAAGAUGCUGCUGCUGUGGGUAAUCACGUUGCCAAAUUGCUUCAGUCUGUUGGCCAGGCACCAGAGUCCAUUUCGGAGAAAGAAUUAAAAUUGCUUUGCAGCAAUUCUGCAUUCCUUCGAGUGGUAAGAUGCCGCCCUUUAGCUGAAGAAUAUGGUUUGGAUACAGUCAACAAAGAUGAAAUUAUUUCUAGCAUGGACAAUCCAGAUAAUGAGAUAGUCCUAUACCUAAUGUUGCGGGCUGUUGAUCGAUUUCAUAAACAGCAUGGCAGAUACCCUGGAGUAUCUAACUAUCAAGUUGAAGAAGAUAUAGGGAAGUUGAAGUCCUGUCUUACUGGCUUCCUUCAAGAAUAUGGUUUAUCUGUAAUGGUGAAAGAUGAUUAUGUCCAUGAAUUUUGCCGAUAUGGAGCUGCUGAGCCACACACCAUUGCUGCAUUUCUGGGAGGAGCUGCUGCUCAAGAAGUUAUCAAAAUAAUCACCAAACAAUUUGUAAUUUUUAAUAAUACUUACAUUUAUAGUGGCAUGUCACAAACUUCUGCAACUUUCCAGUUGUAGAAUAAGCACUACAUUGUAAUAUGUUAAUGAUUGAAGGUGUAAUUGUCUUCGUAUUGUGCUUUAGCUUGUAAAAUCUAUUGUUUUCCUUAAUAAACAUUUUUCUCGUUUGUAA